AUGUCGUCCGACCGCAGCAUUUUGGGUCAUCAAUUUCACAGUAGCCACCAGCCUUCCGAUGCUAGCGCGCUGCUCUUUGACACCUCUGGGUUACUGCAACCACUCGACUCUAUCCUAUUGACGGUCGCGUCCCGUUUUGGUAACCUGGACUCUCUUGUCGCAGGGCCAGAGCUCUCUAAUCAAUCUGUCUACCUUCCUCUGGCGAGUCAGGCCCACAUCGCCCAGCCCAUUGGCACUUUCCCUCCGCAUCCCGUCCUGACACCUUUGACACCCCUUGAGCACCUAUUCCAUUCUUUUCUUUCAGUUCCCGCACAGGGCAUGGGUUUCGGCACAAACCAGGGUAGUUAA